AUGGCCUACUCAGAACAGAGUCCUCUUCUUGAAGAGCGACCACAACAAUCUUACCAGAAACAGUCAACAUGGAACGCAACGCGAAUAUGCAUCCUCUGCUAUAUCGGCGCCCUCCUCUUUGAUUCGGCUCAAAUACUGCGCACCAUGCCGAGAACUAAACUCUUCGAGUCAGUUAUAUGCCAAAAAUAUUACGCUCCAACAGACAUACCAGAGGACAUGUGCAAGGUAUAUCCGGUCCAGGAAGAGCUCGUCACGACGCAAACAUGGCUCAAAGUUGGCGAGAGUGUAUGCGCGCUUCUCGUGGCAUUGCCAUUUGGCAAUAUUGCAAACACCAAGGGCCGUUCGCUUGUUUUGACCCUAGCAAUCUCGGGCCAGAUUCUUGCAGACUUAUGGAUUUUGGCUAUUUGCUUCUUCAACCAGACCCUGCCGCUUUCCCUAGUCUAUGUUUCCCCGCUUCUUCGAUCGAUCGGUGGAGGAGAGAUGGUCAUGUCUGCGAUUAUUCACACUCUUCUGGUAGAUGUGGUUACAAAAGAGAAUCGUGCGCAGGCAUUCUUUAACAUGGCUGUCAUGACUCUUAUUGCUGAACUGGUGGCCCCUGCUGUUGGGUCCAUGUUAGUGGAUUGGCAAGGCGUGUACCUCCCAUUGCUGUGUUCCUUCCCACUGCAGGUUGGCACUAUGGUGAUUUUCGGUCUCCUACCUGACACUAGACUCCCGAAAAAUUUGGAGAUUGAGAAUGGCUGCGAUCCAGUUGAAGGUAGACAUUUGACUGAAGAGUCCGAUAAGGGGGCCUUUACCAAUUGGGUAAAGUCUCUCAAGAGAAGCUAUUCACCUUUCCAGACAAAGGCCAUCUGGUUGGUGACAGUUUGUUAUAUCUCCACCAUGUUGGCUAGGGAUACAAUUGACUUUUUGGUUCAGUACGCCUCCAAGCAGUUUGAAUGGAGCUUAGCUAAGGCAAACUACCUGAUUUCAGUUAAGGCGUUGGUCAGCAUGGCGCUCUAUGUAUUGAUAUUACCACUUCUUAGCAAGGCCCUCGUAAAGAAAUACUCCAUGUCACCACCAAUAAUAGAUCUGUGGAUUGCGCGAGGAAGCUCUUUGUUUGGUGUCGUAGGCCCCAUUCUUCUAGGAAUGGCCUCUGGACCAGUUGUCCUGGUCAUAGCACUCGUUCUUUUCGCCUUUUCAUUGGGAUUCCCGUUUUCCAUUCAGGUGUACGGGACAUCAUUAGUCGAACCAGUUGAGGUCGCCCCAUUCUAUUCUGCACUGGUAGUUCUUCGAAUUGCCGUCACUCUCUUGACGUCUCCUCUCCUUGCCAUGGCUUUUAAAUAUGGGUUAAAUGCUGGAGGCGCGGCAUCGGGCUUGAUUUUCGACAUUGCAGGUGGUUUAUUCUUUAUUGCUGCUGUCGGCAGCUUCUUGUUAGGGUAG